AUGCCUCUCCUUCGCAACCUCACGACUAAGAUCAAGACGGCUAUCUCACCGUCAUCUUCGCCCGUAGCUUCGCCUACGUCUUCGCCCUCGGGCUUCGAAGUCCUCAGCGGCCGCAGAGAAGGCGAUGGAUACACGGUGAAACGCCCCGAGACGAGUGCGCGCGUUGACAGCUUCAUGACGGACGAGAUGUCCCAGGCCAAAGCGCGGCGCGUCAGUCGCUUCCGGGAGGAACUCGAGUUUGAGCACGAGGAGUAGAAACAUGAGAUGCGAUGAGACAUUCAAAUUAGCUCAUGCUGUCUCUGCAGGCGCAUCGUCUUGUACAGGUGUAGCACUGUUGGAUGGCGGGCCUCCUCUAGGUGGUCCGCCAGCUUUCGGAGGAGGAGGGACGCCGCCGGUCUUCGCUUUGGGCGCGUUGUCCUCUGCUAGACUCUUCUCCUCGCCUUCCUUGAAGUAGUCGUCUAGUCCACCACCACCACCGGCUGGACUAACGACAUGGUGCGCUCUGCCCUUCUUCCUGGGUGGCGCAUUGCCUUGAGGUGGAGGCGGGGACUUACUCGGCAGCGCCAUGUUUGCUGGGACGAAGAGUUCCGUUGGCGCACCUGCUACCACGGGAUUUCCAGACAUGUCCGAGAGCGCCCGCUUCUCGUCGAAGGACGUCGGCGCGGUGUCGGAUGAGAAGAGCGUUUCGCCAGGUGCUUGUGGCGGCUCCUCCAGAGACGGUGGAAUACGGUGCAAUGCGCCGAAGCCCAAUACACAUCCCAGCGCCCCUUCGCCGCCCCAGCCACGACUCGGCGUGAUCGUGACAGGACGUGUGACGUCGUACUCGUGGUUGUACACGAUCAGUCGCAGAGGCCGGUUGAGGAAGUCCUCAACAAGUUCACCGAGGCCGGAUUCACCGCGGACA